UACCCCCACAAUCUAGUUAUCCCACAAUUUCUACGGAAUAUAAUUGUAAUAUCUUGUCGAGAAAUAUUAAAAGGAUGGUCCAGAUUAAGUAUGAAUUAUUUGAGAGAAUUAAGGUAGUUUAUCUUGUUUCUUGAGAUUGAUCAAAUUACCAGAGAAGAAGAGAAGAAACAACAAUGGCAUCCCCACCAUUCUUGCAUUUGCUUCUCAUCUUCCUUCUCUCUGGCUUUGCCUCGUCAACCACCCUAUCAAAUAAUAUAUUUGAAUCUCAGGUGCUGCCAGGACGUUCCCUCCUUCAGCAAAAAGCAGCUUGUGACAUAGACUUUGAAAAUCAGAACUAUACAAUCAUUACAAGCCAAUGUAAAGGUCCUAACUACCAAGCUAAACCGUGUUGCGGUGCUUUUAAGGAAUUAGCCUGCCCUUUCAGUGACAAGUUGAAUGACAUGAAAAAUGACUGUGCCACAACCUUGUUUAGUUACAUUAAUCUCUACGGCAAAUAUCCACCGGGACUUUUUGCCAAUUUGUGUCACGAUGACAAGGAAGGGCUUGACUGCAACGAAGUGAUGGAAGCUAAACAGAAGCAGCAGAAAGCUUCGAGUGCUUCUGCAGCAGAGAAAUCAACUGUGCUGAUGAUUUCCGCAGCUUCCUUUCUCGUCUUACUGUUCAAUUUGUUCUAAAGAAAUGACUACAUGCGACUACAUCAAAAUUAGACCCUUCAUGUACUUUCCUAUUUAUUUGGGUCGGUUUUGCAUAUAUGUAUCUAAUGUGAAUGUUCUUGAUGUUAAAAUUGGUCACAACAUGUUUUCAUUACCAGAGAUUUCUAGCUCUACUGAAACAUCCUGACCCUUUUUACAUAAGCUGAUCAAAUAUCUCCAGUGUUCAGGCUCGUUGUAUCUCACUUCCCUGUAAUGAGAUUCACACACACAUACACAAACACACUACAAAAACUGGGAAAUUAGACAAACCUAUUGGUGAAAA